AUGCCACAGCGAAGUCGUCGUAGAUGUGCCAAGCCCGAGUUUGCGAACGACUCCAACACGAUCUCCGCGCUCCCGACACACUUGAAUCACCUCGUCUACACCAAUACCCACCGAGAGACUGUGUUCGAAUUCCACUCCAUGCGCCCAUCCGCUUGUGAUCGAUGCCAUACGGUCAGGUCCCGCUGCCUGGCGGGGCCAGGAGAGACAUGCUAUCGCUGCUAUCGCUUGCAUUACCCGUGCACAUACUCGCGGCGACGCCAGCGACCAGGACGAAAGCCACGCGUUGCCUCGGUUGCGGCAUCAGCAUCAAGGACAGAUCGCAGUGACACCGCUCGCACUUUGGACACCUCUGUUGUAGCCACACAUGGACAGAGGAAUGAUGAGACGAGAACAAGAGCCCCAAAAAUCGAGCUUCUGAGUUUGCUACGCUGGGAAAGUACAGUGUCUCGUGUGUCCGAGUAUACGGCGGUCGAGAUCUGUCAGUUCUUCUCGCUGGGAGAGUUGUUAAGUCGUGAGAUGAGCCAGAUGAUUCGUGCCCGCAUCAGGGAGGCCCCAAUGCUACUGCUUGAUCCUUACGCAGCGGUAACCCGCGUCCUUCUGCGCUCUACCACAAACCAGCCUGCCUGUAGUGACAGCGACUGGUCUAGCUGUGCGUCAGCAUUACAGGUAUUGAGGAAUGCCCAGAUUACUAGCCCAGAGCAUGCGGGCAACCUGUUAUCCUUGGGCCUGAGUCUGGUGACAUUCCACCGUCUCAUCUCAGGUAUUUCGGCGAGCACCAUUUGCCGAUUCACCCUCUCAUUGGUACGCCCGCUCUAUUAUUCUGAACAGUUACAGGAGUCGGACAUGAGAGAACUGCUCUGUCUAGUCUUCCUCGACGUCACCGAGUCUCUCUUUCGAGCGAGAAUCCCCGUUAUUGAGUAUCGAGUGCGUGAUCCGUACCUCGUAAACCACCAUGCGGGCCUGUGUGGAUCUCUCCUCCCCCUUCUUUAUCGUGUUUGUCUUCUCAGGGUUGCCAUCAGGAAGGAACCUCAAGUGCCUAUCCCUCCUGAUCAGUUUGAUAACCUUCGGGAGGAGAUCGUUGCAUGGGCCCCCACUGUGUCAGCUGCAACCAUCGAGCGCUUCUCGGAGCAGGAGAUGGUGCUCCUUCUUACGCAAGCUAAUCUCCACCGCAACGCGACCCUUCUUAUCUUACACAGGCUACGAUAUCCUUUUGGGGAGGGAGAUGAUGAUGCCGAGACCCUUGCUCGGACAAUGAUAACGGAGAUGCAGCAUUGUUUAGCGAUGGCCAAGCAACACCCCCCCAAUAUAGCAUUGGUCCUCCUUGUUGCUGGCGCGGAAGUCCAUGAUUCCUUUGGCCGGCAAAAUAUUCUUUCGUUGUUGCAGAGCAUCAAGGGCUCCAGCUUCUACCCCUUCGUGGCGAAUCUUCGGGUGUUUCUAACUCGCGUCUGGACCAGCCGAGAUGAGGGAACCACGCGGUAUCUGUUCGACCUAUUCGAUCACGAUGAUAACCUCAGCAUCCCUCUGUGA